CUGCAGGAGGCUGGGGCUCAGGAGGGAGGCCCUGAUUGGGAGAGCCUACAACUGACGUUUAGAGAGGGGAGGAGCCUUAGAAGACUGGAGAGAAGCUGCAGGCAAGAGGCGGGAGAAGAGUUCAGUACUGUGGUGCCCGAGUCCUGUGCUGCGGAGCCAUCUGGCCGCUGAGGUCAAGGUGAAUUUAGACCACAGCCAGGGAUGUUCACUGGGAUCCUGGAAGAGAGGUCAGGAAUGGAGGACCCCCGGUGCCCACUACUUCUCUCCCCCUCUCUGUACAGCCCGGACCAUGGGCAACUCGCAGGAGCGGCCUUCGGAGACCAUUGACCGUGAGCGCAAACGCCUGGUGGAAACGCUGCAGGCGGACUCGGGACUACUGCUGGACGCGCUGGUAGCACGGGGAGUGCUCACCGGGCCGGAGUAUGAGGCACUGGAUGCACUGCCUGAUGCUGAGCGCAGGGUGCGCCGCCUGCUGCUGGUGGUGCAGAGCAAGGGCGAGGCCGCCUGCCAGGAGCUGCUGCGUUGCGCCCAGCAAACCUUGCGCGCGCCAGACCCAGCCUGGGACUGGCAGCACGCUACCGGGACCGCAGCUAUGACCCUCCAUGCCCAGGCCACUGGACGCCCGAGGCACCCAGUUCGGGGACAGUGUGUCCCGGGCUGCCCAGAGUUUCAGAUCACUAUGAGGCAGGAGGUCCUGAGGGCUCUGAAGCAGUGCAAUCCGGAACUCCAGAGGAGCCAGAGCCAGAGCAGGAAGCUGAGGCCUCUGAAGGGGCGGAGCCAGAACCAGAACCCCAAAUGGAUCCAGAACCAGAGCCGGAGGCAGAUCCAGAACCAGAGCCUGAGCCUGACUUUGAGGAGGGGGAUGAGUCUGAAGAUUCCUGAAGGCCAGAAUACUGACCUGACAUUUCCUGCCCAAGCCCAAGUAAGAUAGAACCUGGGAUUAUGCUGGAGCUGGAUCCAGUGCCACCAAAGCUCCAUCAUCUUAUGUCUUAUUGGAAGUGAAUAAACUCCAAAUAACCUAGG